AUGACGGACGUAAAGAAUCCAGACAAUGUUGAAAUUCAUAGUGGAAAAGAUAUGUUGAAUGUUAAUGAUGAUGCACUCUCUCAAAAAUUACAUCUGGUCAAUAAUGCAAUUGAUGAAAUUGGAUUUACUUCGUAUCAAUUAAAACUUUUCUUUCUCAAUGGAUUUGGUUAUGGUGUUGAUUCUCUUUUACUUUUACUUAGCGCUCUUGUACAACCUCAAGUUAUACUUCAAUAUCAACCAAGUGUUAGUAAAGCUCAAACAAUCGCCUUAUACGUCGGACUUCUCGUUGGUGCUUUAGUAUGGGGUUCAUCUGCUGAUAUAAUAGGUCGAAAAUAUGCCUUCAACAUUUCAUUAUUGUGGUGUUCAAUAUUUGCUAUAGUGGCCGGUGCUUCUCCAAAUUAUUUCUCGGUCUGUAUAUUUGUUGCUCUAUUGGCAUUUGGUGGCGGUGGUAAUCUUAUAUUAGACACUACAGUUUAUCUCGAGUUUUUACCAAGCAAAUAUCAAUGGUCACUAACAUUUAUGGCUCUAUGGUGGGGUGUCGGACAAAUGACUGCCUCUCUUGUGGCAUGGCCAUUUCUUGCAAAUUAUUCGUGUUCAGACGCCAUCAACUGUAAUAAUUCGAAUAAUCAAGGUUGGCGAUACACUUUCUAUACACUUGGUUCACUUGUCUUUAUUCUUUCUCUUCUUCGAAUCACCGUCAUUCGUCUAAAAGAAUCACCAAAGUGGCUUCUUUCACAAGGAAGAGAUAAAGAGGUCGUUGAAAUUCUUCAAUAUAUUGCAGAAAGUGGCAAACGAUCUUGUUCACUUACUGUCGAAAUGCUUGAAGCUAUUGGACCAGUUCGUCAGGAUAAUCUUUCGUCAAGAUACCAUCCAAAAGUAAUUUUCAAGCAUGUCAAGGGACUUUUUCCAAAUAAAAAAGUCGCUUAUUCGACUUCUCUCAAUUUUGCUUCGUGGUCAUUAAUUGGUCUUGCUUUUCCAUUGUACAAUGUUUUUUUACCAAUUUAUCUUCAAUCACGUGGUAGACAUGUUGAUGGUGACGGAUCAACGUAUACUACUUAUAGAAAUUAUGCCAUCAUAAAUGUAUGUGGUAUUUUUGGUCCUGUAAUUGCUGGCGGACUCGUCGAAGUUAAAUAUUUAGGUCGAAAGUAUACAAUGGUUAUCGGUGCCCUUCUAACAAUGGGUUUUCUAUUUGCUUACACUGGUGUAAAAACAGCCGCUCAAAAUUUAGCAUUCAACUGUUUAAUUAGCAUUUGCCUCAAUAUAUAUUAUGGAACUCUAUAUGCCUAUACACCAGAGAUUUUGCCAGCAGCUCAUCGUGGAACAGGAAAUGCUAUUAGUGUUAGUUGCAAUCGUAUUAUGGGUAUUGUAGCUGCACUCAUUGGAUCAUAUGCUGAUUUGACAUCUAGUAUUCCAAUUUAUGUUUGUGCUGCAUCGUUUGGAGUAUUAGCAAUACUUAGUAUAUUGUUUCCAUUUGAGUCUCUCGGUAAGAGAAGUACUUGA